UUUUCCAUCGCAGAAAGUACUGACCAAGAACUUCCCGGUCCCCGUACAUUCGUUAGAUGUCCAGGUAAUAACAUUUGAAUCAAACCCAUUCCUUUGGGACAUAACUUCUGAGAACGUCACAUCAGACGUGCUGGACGUCAGCAUAAAGACAAAUGGGAGUCAUGUUCAGUUUUCCCAGCUUGAGGAGCCCUUUGAACUGUUUAUUCCGUUAAAAAACCAGAAAAAGCAAGGGACAGAUGACAACUUUUUCGUGAAAUGGAGCAAUAGUUUUGAAAAUAUUCGCUACCACAAAAUAGUUAUUCCAUCUGAUGGAGCAGUUGCUGUUAUUAAUAUUGUACCUGUAGAAAACAAUUUCUUAGAUGUUUUUAUUAGUGCUGGAUUCAGGCCUACUCCCGAGAACUACACCUAUAGUACGUAUGUACCCAAUUAUUCAUAUUGCAGAAAGGUUGCUUCUAGUACUGACUCCGAGCAGUGCAGUUCCAUAUCGCCCUACAGAUUGCUUGUGUCAAGCAGUCUGACUGGUGCAUCAGGAGAUCAUUACAUUGGAAUUUUGUUGUAUAAGAACUCCUCUGGCGAUCUGAGAAUGAAUGACACAAGUUCAAAAGGGAAUGUUCACAGACGCCAUUCGCGAUCCAUCUGUAAUAGUAAGAGUGGUCGCAAAAAGCGUUCCUGUAUUGGAGUGAAAGAUCCUCCAAACACCCCUCAACCCAAACCAAAGAUCAUCAAACCGCCAUACAACUCAACUGUUGAUGUUAACUACACGAUGUCUGUAUGGAUCAGUAGCUGUUUGUAUUGGUCGAAGGAGAAACAACAAUGGACAAACGACGGAUGUAAGGUUGGCUCAAAAACUAAUAUAAGCAAACUUCACUGCCUGUGUAAUCAUCUAUCAGCAUUUGGCGGAGACUUUUUUGUGGCCGCAAAUCCCAUCGACUUUGACAAAGUUUGGGUUCAGUUUGGUGAACAGGGAGAGACUGGAAACUUUGUUAUGGCUGUGGUGUUUUGUAUAUACGGAGUGUAUUUUGUUAGUUUAGUUUUGGCUCGACGUGCUGACAAGAAAGACCAAGAAAAGUUUGUGGCAAAUGUAGUCCUUAGCAGAUGCAGCCCGACAGACUACACAUAUGAGAUUCAAAUCCAAACAGGAAUCUGGCAAGGCUUUGGUACAACAGCCAAUGUAGGAAUAAACAUUUUUGGGGAGGAAGGCAGUAGCGGUCCAAUAAUUUUAACAGAUUUCUCACUCUGCGGAAAAGUAUUUUACCGUGGAAGCGUCACUAACUUUUUUGUGUCUCUUCCCCGUUGUCUUGGUAAAUUGGUCAAACUUUGCAUUUGGCAUGACAAUUUUGGUCAAAGUCCAUCUUGGUUUCUUCAACAAGUGACGAUCACUGAGUCUCAUACCAGAAAUAAAUGGCAUUUCUUUGCAAACAGAUGGAUCGCUGUAGAACGAGGAUCAGGGAACCUUUUACUGGAACUAAAAGCUCUAGGUGAAAACGACCGCGCUAGGUUUAAAGAUGUGUUUUGGUCCAAGAUUUCAGGAAAAUUAGGCGAUGAACACCUUUGGGUGUCACUGUUUACUCGCCCGCCUACCAGCCAGUUCACUCGUUGUCAGCGACUGUCUUGUUGUUUAUCGUUUCUCUUUUCAUCAAUGGUAGCCAACGCCAUGUUCUAUCAGUUUUCUGAAAGGCCAACACAUACUUUUACGUUUGGACUGAUGGUGCUAAGCUGGAGACAGAUUAUGAUUGGUAUACAAAGUGGUCUUAUAACGAUCCCUGUUAAUAUGGUGAUUGUUACGAUCUUCAGAAAUGUGAAAGGGCAUCUUAACACGGAUCAUGGUCCUAACUUAACCUCUCCUGACAAACAAAGAGCUUGUCGACUACCGCAUUGCUUUGUUUUCAUUGCCUGGAGUUUGUGUAUGUCGGUGACACUAACUUCUUCAGCAUUUACAGUAUUUUACAGUUUAUCAUGGGGUGCAGAGAUUUCCAACCAAUGGCUUACUUCUAUUUUUGUAUCUCUUGUUGAAGAUGCAAUUAUUAUUCAGCCAAUUAAAACAAUUUUCCUGGCCAUGAUCUUGUCACUAGUAAUCAAAACUCUUCCAGGGAAGCAAGAUGUUUGUGGGUCUACUAUUUAUAUCGACAAAGAACACGAAUAUCAUGCUCCAAGCGAGCACUUACUAAGCAAGGCCAAAGAGUUUAGAAAGAAACUUCUUCAGAUGUCUAGAGCGAUAAGAAACGUUGCUGCAUUCCUCAUAUUUUCUCUUAUGUUGAUGAUAGUCUGCUAUGGCAACAGAGACUCGACGCGAUUCUCUAUGACUAAAUCUGUGAAGGAUAUAUUCAGAGGGUUCGAAAAGGUAAAGGAAAUAAUAUGACAAGAAAUAGGAAUGAUGCAAAUGUGAUAACGCAAUUAGGUACUGAGGCAAAAUUCGUCACAGUUUUACCUGGAUGAUUAUUGUUGCAGUAAUACCACUGUCCGCUAGCGCAUAGGCAGAAGGAUUAGCCGACAUUCGCAGACGCAGGAAGAUGCUGAUAAUUAGCGCCAGUUUAGGGCAGUUUUCUAACAAAAGGUGCUACUUAACAGCACAUAACUCCACAUGCGUAUGUUGUCUAUGAUUGUUUCAAUCGUUAAAACCAGCCUUAAAAUGAAAUUGGGGCUUCAACCUAGCUGUAAUUGGGCAUAAGCGAAAAAGGCCCUGGACACCUUUUAGACUUGACACACUCAAACAUAUCUCUUAGCCCCCACUGAUUUUUUACAAAUUUCUACCAUGAGAUCGAGGGUUUCGACCUCUCUCGGUUCAUAGCGUGAGAAAGACCUCAGGGGAGACAAACUUAAUCAUCGCCUUUGAUUGUAAGGCAACACAAACAAGCGCGUUUUAUUUUAUUGUUUUGAGCUCGUUAAAUCUUUAUCGUCGACUAUUCAUAUAAAGAAAACUCAAAGCCGUUCAAAAUGUCACAAAAUGUCUUGUCAUUUGAAAACACACCCUAGCGUACGGCUAGUGUAUGUUAAAAAUCUCUGGUGUUCUGAAAUGCCCAUCAUGUCAAUAUAUGACAGCGUGGUCAUGACUCUCGCGUGUUCAUUUGUGGAUUAAAAGUGCAAUGAUGAGUCAAGAUGACUUGUUUCUCUCGGGAGACUGUUUUAACGUUUAGCUGUGUUUAACACGAAUGUUUUGCGUUGAACUGUGGAUAACACUUUA